UUCAGGUUGCUGUUUUGUGACUUUCUUCACGAGAAAAUCGGCGCUUGACGCUCAGAAUGCCCUUCACAAUAUCAAAACACUGGCGGGGAUGCAUCAUCCUAUUCAAAUGAAACCAGCUGACAGUGAAAACAGAAAUGAACGAAAAUUGUUUGUGGGGAUGUUGUCGAAGAAGUGCACGGAGAAUGAUGUGAGGGUGAUGUUUGGUCCUUUUGGCACAAUAGAGGAGUGUACAGUGCUGAGGGACACUAAUGGACAGAGUAAAGGCUGUGCUUUUGUUACCUACACAUCUAAACAGUGUGCCAUAAAUGCAAUCAAGAACAUGCACCAUUCACAAACAAUGGAGGGGUGUUCAUCACCACUAGUGGUGAAAUUUGCUGACACACAGAAGGAGAAGGAUCAGAAACGACUGCAGCAGAUGCAAGCGAACCUGUGGAACCUUGCAGGAGUUAAUAUGGGGCCACAGUACCUGGCAGGAGAUUCUCACUCUUGCCUUGCACCUACAUCAUUGCAGCUACUGCAACAGAUUCAAGCGUCGCAGAGUGCAGCGGCAGCAGCUGGUGCAACAGCAAAUGGGCAGCCAACCAGUGCAAGUUUGUCAGCGCUGAGCACAAUGCAGCAGCAACUUCUGGUACAGCAGCAGCUUCAGGCCGCUCAGAACUCAGCAGGUCUGUGUCUCCAGAACUUGGCAGCAUUGCAGAAUUCCACAGGCCUUAACCUGAGUGGGUCUACUGGAAGUUCAGCGACUGAUAUUAGCCAAACUAACCUCCAAGGAUUGGCAACGCUGGCAAACCUUUCAGUAGCAAACCCCACUAUGAACCCUAUGAGCAUGCAAAAUCUAGUCACACUAGCGGCAAUGACAGGGGGCAAUGGGGCCAAUCUUCAAGUAUCACCUACUGGAUCCAGUGCAUCUGGGUUAAGUAGUCCAGCCUUAUCUGGUCUAACGAACACCACUGCAGCUCUUCUUGGGAAGGCUGGUAACACAGGGUCACUGGCAGGCCAGACUUCUGGGAGCAGUUCGUUGAGCCCUGUGACUAGCAUGGCUCUGGGUGGGCUGACAGGUGCCCCACUUAAUACCAUGGCUUCCAUCAAUGGACUGGGCUCCACAGGUCUCACACAUAAUGGCACUGGACUUGAUGCACUUACAUCAGCCUACUCAGGCAUCCAGCAGUAUCCAGGUUUUACAUCGUUUGGUGGUGGUGGGGGCCACACAGCAGGAGGUGCGCCAACAGGUUUAACCAACUCCACGUCAGGUUCUGGGGGCCCAGCGGGCAAGCAGAUAGAAGGCCCUGAGGGCGCAAACCUGUUUAUCUACCACUUGCCUCAGGAGUUCAGUGACAACGAUCUGGCAUCAACGUUCCUGCCAUUUGGCACUGUUGUGUCAGCCAAAGUGUUCAUCGAUAAACAGACCAACCUGUCCAAGUGCUUCGGUUUCGUGUCCUACGACAACCCUGUAAGUGCACAGGCAGCAAUUCAAGCUAUGAAUGGGUUUCAGAUUGGUACCAAGAGGCUCAAAGUACAGCUCAAGCGUUCCAAGGAGCUGUCUAGACCAUACUAGCCUCCAGGGAGGCGUACGUGCACUCUGUGAUUACCCCCGGACCGACCGUCCUCCAUAACAAAUAGUCACGUGACUUUCAUGUUUUGUGCGUCCGAAGACUCAAAAACUAGGGCCACCGGGGUGAUGUGGAAUUGUAACAAAUAAUAGUAAAAAAUAAAUAAAUAAACUUGAUACAACAGCUUUUUGAUAAUAGUAAAUACCAUAUCAUCAUGAUGUACAUCACCCGCAGCAGCACUUGGAAGCAGCCUGUGUCAAAGUGCGCACAGGCACGUGAUACACAGCCUCUUCUCCUGGGGCUGACCUGCGUGCUUGAAAUAAUAUUUAAAGAAGAAAGUACAGAGUAAUUUUUAUAAGUAAAUAAUUCAACCCUAUAAACCAAUAUAAAAUCCUGUUAAUUAAAAAGACUUUGUAAAAGUAAGACAUUGUCUGUCUCCUGUCUUCAUUGUUAUUUUUCUAUUCAAAAAGACUUAAUUUUCAUUAAGUUUGUCUUUUCUUCUUAUUUGCAGUGUCUAUGGAUAUCUUUAUGUAAUUUUUACCAGCUAUUUAUCCAAUUGUUUGGUAUGUUUCUGACCCUGUUGCUUGUGAAAUAUAGAUCUAUUUGAUUUCAUAGGUGGGUGUGGAACUCCAUGGUGAAAUGAUUGAUUAAAAGGCAGUUUUGAAACAUAGAAAAUGGGACAGUAAAAGGUGAUAUAUGAACUUCAUAUAAUUUCUAGGCAUUUAUGGAUUGACCAAAGUUCAAAAGGGAUGACUUUCACUGAGUUGACUGGAUUUUAUUUUUAAUUGUUGUUCAUAAAUAUAAACAGGGGAACAGGCUAAAGUAGAAUCUAGUUUUGUACCUUCUUGGCUCUGAGACAAAGAAAGGCAAAAAACAAUUCAUAUUUAUCUAAUUUAUGCAUUGGUUAUGUAACAGACAUUUGGUUUGUAACUGUUUUACUUUUAAGUAUUGUGCCUUGUUUUUUACAAUAUACUUUCUGCUAGGGGUAGGAAGGAAUCAGACUUGGUAACAUAUGGCACUGUCUCAAACAUGGAGGGACAGACUACAAUAAUUAUGGUAGCUUAUUUGUGCAAUCAGUUGUUAUGCAACAACCCCGUACCCUUGGCUUGAGAUGGUGUGCCAUACAGUACCAAAUUUAUGAAGCUUUCUUUCGCUAAAAUGGCACUUUCACCCCAGGGGUUCAUUUAGUAGCUGUUAUUGAAAUAUGAAAGUACUGUACUUUGUUAUUUGUUUUAAACGUGGAACUUGUUACCAUUCUGUGUAUGGAAGGUAUUUUCCUAGUCCUUUAUGAAUGCACUUUAACUGAGUGUUUGUUGAGUGUUGAGUUCAUUAAAUGUUAAACAUGUGGAUAAUGUACAAGCCUUAUCCACAUCAAACCAGAAACAUUCAGCCAAAGUGAAAGUCUAAGAGUUACCGAAAGAAUAUAUAAAAUUAUUAUAACCAAAGAUGUGUCUUAAAUGUUUCUGUUGCCAGUUAUGUGUCUGUUUAAUAAAAGCCCGCCAUUGUUGCGUUGUAUAACCGAAAAUGUUGACGUACUUAAGGGAAAGCAAGCUAGAUGGCGCAAGGCACAAAUGUUGAGCACGUUUGAUUUGUUUUUUGUGUUUGUCAACAAUGCUCGUUAAAUCCAAAGCAGGGCAAAACUAAUCUGUAGUAAUUCAUUUGUAAGUGAGCAUAUGUAUAAUUACAUGUGAUAGAAUAGAUUAUUAUUAUUAUUAUUAUUAUCAUAAUAUAUCUAUACAGAGUUUUGUUCAUUAUUUUCAUUAUAGUGGUGAAUCAGGUUUAUGUUUGCCUUGCAUUGGAGCCAUGCAGGGUGAGCCUAUAUAAAUGGUGUUACUUUUUGUUUCUUUUUUGUGGGGUGUUGUCAUACACAUUGAAUUGUUUUUUUGUUAGCCAUGUUCUAAUCUUUGUAGGUGGAUUUGUUAAUGUAGAGAAUUGUAGAGAAGUGUUUAAUUUUAUUUUCCUUUCUUGUAAUGUUUUCUUUUUUGUCGGCACACGUGUUUUGUGCGUGUAUGUUAAUUUAGAACCUCCCAUCCAUUGGUUUGCCAUCAUUUAAUAUUUGUAUAGGUUUAUGACUUGCCUGGAGAAUUAUUCUUUUCGUGUCGUGGAUGACAAUAAGUUAUUUUCUGUGUUGUUGCAUUGUGCACUGAACUGUUUAAAUGGCAACAAAGCAAAACCAAUGAGCUGGGAGUCUUGGACUUUAUUCCUUCUGUGUUUAACUGUUGUGUUUCAGUUAUGAAGAAGCCAUUUGAGGCAGAAAGGAGGAGGUGAACACCCUGUGUGUCCUCCUCCUCUGCCAGAAUGUUGCUAGGUCCCUUGAAGGGCUUUAAAAUGGUUUAAUGAAAGCAGCUUCCUUGGUGAUGGCACAAAGUAUUGCCUUUAUAUAUAUAAAUGUUUUCCAUUUAUUAGUUUAAAACAGUAUAUUCUGCAUUUUUAUAAAGCUAUACUAAACGUUUUUAUAACAGUUAUUACUGUUUUGGAAGUUAAAAAUUGUGCCAUUGACAUUAACAGUAUAAACAAAAAGUAUCCCAAGGAAGCACUUCAUGUUACAACACAUUUCAUUUGGGACAUGGCCAGUGUAUGUUUGCCAAAUCAUUUAAUAUUUUGUGCUUGAUUGGGAGGAUAAUGUAAUAAUUUUAAUUCUGUGUCAUGUUUGUUUCAUUUGUAAUUGAUUAUAAAUCAGAUCUACAGCUGUGUGCAACAAGCCGGAAGUACCUGUUGACAGGUAAUUUUCUUAAGAAGGUAGAUCAGUGACAUUCAGAAAAGAUCAAAAUUGCCUUUAUGUAAAAAAAAAUGCACAUUAAAAAUGCACAAAACUUACAUGGGGAAUUAAUUGAUGUUAAGAUAAUUUUGAUACAAAGAAAAAUGUGGGCAUGCAUGCUUCUUCUAGUGUCAUGUACUGAGAGAAGACUGUCUGUUGUCUGUUAUUCACAGCUAUUAUUUAAAAAGAAAUAUAUGGAAAGCAAAUGGUCUACGAAAAUCUCAGGAACAAAAUGUAGCCGCCAUGUUUGUUUCUGUCCACGUGAAAUUAGCACUACAGCAGUUUGUGUACCUCGCUCGCUCGACCAUGUUUUACUGUUUGAUACAAUGUGACGAGAAGAGUGCUCACAAUUUGCAACAUAAAAAAGUAGACAAAAUAUUUAGUUUUAAAGAAAAAAAACUAUCCACAGCAGGAAACAUCUUUAUAUCAUUAUAGCCAAAUAAAAUAGAAUUACAUAUGUGAUUAUUUAUAAUGACUCCUGUGUGUACUGUAAAGGCAGCAUGAGACAGAUUAAAUGAAACCUAUUUUGGAAGUACA